AUGCAUAAAAUAAAUCUUCACUCAAUGAAAGAGAAAAUCAACUUAAGGCAUGUAGCCUAUGGAAUUGGAGCCCUAAUUGUGUACAAGCUGAUCAACUAUAUGAUUUGGAAAACUAAAAACUCCAGGCUAAAUGCCAGAAGUGCAUAAAUCGUGGCUGAGAGAGAUUCCAAAACUUAUAAUUUCAUCGAGGUGAGUCCAGAGAAAACUUAAUUAAUACUUGGCCUACCAGAUAUCCGAGAAAUCAGAAAGAAUCUUUUCAAAAGAUCAUUCACAAUAUCUGAACUAGUGACUGUCUAUUCAAAGCGAACUGUUGAUAUCGGUAGAAAACUAAAUCUUACUAUGGUCGAGUUGAUCGAUGAAGCUCUUGACACUGCAAAAGAAUAUGAUUUGAUACUUGAAAUGAAACUUAAAGAUGGUUAGCAAGAUCAAUUGCCGCCAUUGUUUGGAAUCCCUGUGAGCUUCAAAGAAAAUGUAAAAUUACCUAAAAUUUCUUUAAAUUUAUUUUAGAUAAGCACCAAAGGCGAUAGAAACUCUAGAGGAGCUUAAAUCUACUAAGAAUGCAUUGCAGAUGAAGAUGCUGUCACAGUAAAGUUGUUCAAGAAAGCAGGUGCCAUCAUAAUAGUAAAAGCAAGCAUGGCUUAAUGCGGAUUUUCCCUUCAUAACAGCAAUAACAUUAUUGGUACUGCUAGAAACCCUUAUAAUCAAGCUAGAACCUGCGGAGGAUCAUCAGGGGGUGAUUCAGCUCUAGUUGCAGCUAGAUGUGUACCACUUGCAGUUGGUACAGAUAUAGGCGGAAGUUUGAGAGUGCCAGCAACUUUUCAUGGGCUCUUUUCCUUUAAGCCAACAGGAGGGAGAACAUCAAUUAAGGGACAAAUGUCAGGAUUUCCAAAAAUGAGUACUUUCACAACAGUCUUACCAUCUUAAGGUCCGAUUGCUAGAAGUCAUGAUGACUUAGUGCUAGCAACUAGACUUUAACUUGAUCCCGAGAUUCAUACUUAUGAUUGGAAGAUUCCCCCAAGUCCUUUCAGAGAAGAUGAAUACCUUAGAGCAGUUAAUGGAGGAAAACAAAAGUUAAGGGUUGGUUAUAUGGACAGACUACCGACACUUUAAUCAAGCAAAGCUGCUAGAAGAGCCCUUUAAUUAGCAAAGGAUGCAUUGGAGAGUUAAGGAUUUGAAUUGGUUCCUUUCAAUUUAACUUUAGAGGAAGUUAGAACACUGAAAUAGACUUUGUCUGGAAUUAUGAUAACAAGCAAUGCCGGACCUAUCUGCUAAUUAGUAACAGAAUCAGGGGAAAAUCUAUAGAAGGUUAAUCUUGGUUUCUUUGCGUAUUAUAAGGCUAACUCAAUAAAACAAUUUUUGAUACGAACUCUGCUUAAUUUAACUGGAAACCAUAGAAUAGCAACUUCAUUGGCAGGAUUUAAGAAUCUAUCAAAGGAAGAAUUGGAUGAUUAUAUUAGAGUAAGAGAAUAAUUAAACGAAGAUAUUAGAUCAAGAUUCAAAGAUAUGGAUAUCAUUGGUCUUAUUCUACCAAUUUAUCCACAUUGCGCCUUUAAAGACUCUAAUCAAGUGAUAAUGAAUUCAUUGUUAGAAUACACAUCAAUAUGGAAUGCUCUUAUGUAUCCUUGCGGUUCUGUUCCAACUACUCUUGUAGAAGAGACUGAGACUAAUCCUCUUGAUUAUUAAGAUUACGCCGAUGAUAUGAUUACUAAAACUGUAAGAUAAGAUAUAGAGGGUAGUGAAGGCAUGCCAAUGGGAGUUCAAGUAGUUGGAUUAUCAUAAAUGGAUGAGACAGUAUUAGGAUUAAUGAAGGCUAUUGAUAAUGGAAUAGAAUUUAGAUCAAGACCUAAAGAUUUUUGA